CAUAUAUAUACCGGUGACGCGCAUAUCCAAGUUUUGGAUGUAAAAAGAUUGUGAACUUACACAAUUGCAACGAGUUUUUUCUUAUCUUUUUUGAAAGUCUUUAUAUAUUUUUAAAGUUUAUCUAUUAAAAUCUGAAGCAUUCUGCAUAUUUGUAGUAAGGCGUUUCAAUAUUACAAAUAAAUUGCACUGUAACAUUACUGUAGUCUUACAUUGUAAUAUUUCCAAGGGCGGACAUUUUAACGUUGCCGCAAGCUUGAAGUUACAUUGCAGAAACAUUUUGCAACUUCCAUGCAAUAUUACAAUGUUUCAAUGUAAGGUUUAUGCAAUGUUUCUGCAAUCUUUUGGUGCUGUAUGGGUAGGCUCGCAGUAAUAAAAUAUCAAUGUUAUGAUAAAGGGAAUAUCGAUAUAUGUACGAGGGUAGUUCGAAAAGUUCUCGGCCUGACACAGAAAUGACGUUAGAAGUAUCAAACCGCUGUAAUUUUUUGCAAGUUUUAUCUUGCAGAAGGCUACUGUCAAAAUUUCAGACAGAUGCGUUCAUUAGUUUCUUUAUUUUAGUCGUGUAAAGCAAUCAACUCUCUUUUGAUUUUCUUUAAAAAUGAAUAAAGUCGAAUAUCGCGCAGUGAUAAAAUACUUUGUUUUAAAAGGUUUAACGCCAACAGAAAUAAAAAACACUUUGGGGGAAUCUUCACCAUCGUGUUCAACUGUUAAAAAAUGGGCUGCUGAAUUUAAACGUGAUCAUACGUCCAUAAAUGAUUAUGAACGUUCAGGUCGCCCAAAAACCGCUACGAUUGACGAAAUCAUAGAAAAAAUCCAUAAUGCCGUGUUGAAUGAUCGACGAGCAAAAGUGCGCGAGCUUGCUAACAUUGCAAACAUCUCAAAUGAUCGCGUUCACAAUAUCUUACAUGAGCAUUUACAUAUGAAAAAGCUUUCAGCGCGAUGGGUGCCGUGUUUGCUAACAGUCGAUCAAAAACGCAUUCAAAUGAACGUUUCUAAGGAGUAUUUGGACAUGUUUAAACACAAUCCAACCGAUUUUUUGCGGCGCUUUAUCACUGUUGAUGAAACAUGGAUUCACCAUUACACGCCAGAAACUAAACAACAGUCGAAGUAAUGGGUAGAAGCGGGUGGAAGUG